UGGCACGCACACCUCGACACCGCGACAUCUGGUCUCGUGAUCCCUCCAGGAAUUCCAACGGGGCCAUACAGGACAGCUGAACACACUCCCUACACCGGUGCACUCCAAGGAACAUACUUCACCGCUACACUAGCCUUGGCAUAAUCUUUGAGUGCAUUCGGCAGUGACAUUUCGUACCACGCCUGCACUUACCAGUGAUUGAACCUCCUCCAGCAAGCUACGCGAGCAUGCCGAAUUGUUUGCCCAGCCAUAUUUCCCAUUCAAGACGACACACAAAGUUGGGCAACGGAUCACCAAUCCCUAUGCUAGAUCUAGCACAGCCAACAAUUCCUUUCGAAAGACCGCCGCUUCCUGAAAUGGGGCUCAUCUUCCUGCCAAGACCGUCCCUACCAGAUUCAAGGAAGCGUGGCAGAGCAGCUGCGAACAUUGAUGGCGAACAUUCAUGUACGCAAAAGAAGAAGCGUAGACUCAGGCUGUUCCUAAUCACUUCUCGCCUGUCACCUCAGUUCUCCCACCCAGCAACCAACAUCGUCGACAGAGGGAGCUCCAAGAUUGCUGUCUGGGCAAAGCAAAAAGCCCUCGGACGGAAUAUUCUUCGUAAAGCCGCCAUCCUGAACCGCAUCCGCCGUCGUGCCGUCUCAGCACGGGAAGCAGUCUCACGUGGACGCCUACUCGUCGAGCAAGAGAAGGAACAGCAUCAACUUGAGAUGGCACGUCUGACCUUCCACUACGGCAGUAUUGACACCUACACUCGGCCUGUCCACUCGCAGACACAAUCAGUGCCAUCCUCCGCGGCGGUUCGAAACGGGUGUCACUACCUAGUCUCCGGCUCUCUCACCGGCCCACCGUCUGGCUCACCGACCACCUCCAGAAGCCCUUCUCCCAUCUUGAUCUCUCCACCCCUGAAUGGGCCUGGACACGAUGCUUCAUCGGAGUACAGGAGCCCAAACGCAGCAUACGCGCUCUCACCACCGCGCGCUCAGUCCUCUACACGCACCUACGAACCACACCUACCCUCUCCUCUCGGCCUCUCCAAUUACGACGCCUUUGACGUCGAGGACCUAGGCGCCAAAGACAAUACACAUACCGACCUGUACUCGCAUUUGGAUGACGAUGACGAGGAAGAUCGGUACUCCUAUCUCUGGGACGAGUUUGAAGAUGAGAGACACGGCAGUCCUUUCUCGCCGUCAGUCGCCACGAAUGACUCCCGUACCACUGCGAAAACUGGCGCGAGUCAGGUGCUAAAGACGCCACCACAAGUGGCAUACGAUGACUUUGAUAUAGCAGAGUCACUGCUUAGUGGAUUUGAAGAGGGCGAUGAAAGCGUGAAUUCGGUGUGGCCGAGUCCGUUUCUUGGCGCUGAAGCGAAAGCAACGACGAAAGGGAGUCGUGGUGCUGCGAGUCCGAAUUUCCAUGCGUUCGAUAAGGGACCAUUGGCUGUUCAGUACCCUGGUGCACCUGUCCCUUAUUCAGAACAGACGCCUGUGACGACAUCACCGGCUGUGUCACCGAACUUGGUGCCCGCAUCGAUGUCGCCUAACUUCCUGCCAGCCGACUCAACAGGGUGGCCAGAGUCCGUCAGGUGGGAAGAACGUGAGUAGAUAGCUUCAUGUAGGCAAACAAAGCUCCUGCUAUAACACAAGCGACGUCCACAACCACAAUCGUGGAUCUACAGCGCUUGUACAGGGAUAUCGCAAUUAAAUGGUAUCGUUCCAUUCUCAUCAAAUACUCGUCCAUCCCAUAAAAUACACUCACCAACGCCUUUUCCUCCAA